AAUUCAUUAUUUUUCAUUUGAUUGUAGUAGCAUUAAAAAAAAUAUAUAUAAUUUUAUAAAAGUAAUUUUUAAUUCUUUAACACAAUAUCCUAAGAUAUGUGUAAUAUUUAUUUGAUUUUAAGAUUUAACCCGAAAUUUAAACAGCAAACCAAAGUUCUCGCCGAACGGAACAGAACAGAGAUGGGUUCCCAGUGUCCCGCAGCUUUGUUUUUUAAAGCCCCUGUAAUUCUUUGAAUUCUUGAUCCUCUGUCAAAACACAAACACACACACACUGAUUGCUUUGAAGCUGCGAAUACGCUUGUAUGUAAUGAAUUGUAUGCUAGACUUGAUGGUACCCGAAAAUCUUGCUUCUUGUCUGCAUCAGUGUUCCAAAGUUAAGACACUUCGCUGCGGUCUAUCACUUCAUGCUGCUGCUGUUAAGGCUGGAAUGCUUCUUGAUGUUUUUGUAUCUAAUCAUGUUCUUAACAUGUAUGCCAAGUGUGGCAAUAUUAGAUGUGCCCGUCGGGUCUUUGACGAGAUGCCUGACAGGAAUAUUGUCACUUGGGGAGCUAUGAUCUCUGGUUAUGAGCAGGCAGGGAAGCCUCUUUUGGCUGUUGAGCUUUUCUCUCAGCUUCGAUUACAGCCUAAUGAACAUGUCUUUGCUAGUGCAAUUAGUGCUUGUGCUGGCCUGUUGUCACUGAGAAUUGGUGAGCAGAUACAUGCUCAAUCAGUAAAAUGUGGCUGUUCUUCAAUUUCAUAUGUUUCUAAUUCACUAGUUUCUAUGUACAUGAAAUGUGGUCAAUCAAGUGAUGCAUUGUCUGUUUUUGAAACUACAUCUGAACCAACUUCAGUUUCAUAUAAUGCUCUAAUAGCUGGAUUGAUGGAAGGUCAACAAGCAGAAAAAGGGCUUGAGGCGUUUAAACUUAUGUGUCGGCAAGGUUUCAUCCCAGACCGUUUUACUUUUGUGGCAGUGUUCGGAUAUUGCAUUAAUGCUGAAGAUUUGAUAACAGGAAUAGCCUUUCAUUGUCAAACAAUCAAGCUCAAGCUUGACUCCUCUGCUUUUAUUGGUAAUGUAAUGAUGACAAUGUAUUCAACUUUUCAUUUGAUCGAUGAAGCAGAAAAAAUAUUUAGAGAUAUUCAAGAGAAAGAUGCUAUUUCUUGGAAUACCUUCAUUACUGCAUGCUGUCAUUGUGAUGCAUAUGCAAAAGGUUUGAGUAUAUUUAGCGAGAUGUUGAGUGGAGUUGAAGUGAGUCCAGAUGACUUCACGUAUUCCAGUGCUCUGACUGCGUGUGCUGGUAUUGCUUCUCUUCCCCAAGGCAAGCAGGUGCAUGCACAUCUAAUUAGGACUAGGUUGUAUGAGGAUAUUGGAGUUGACAAUGCGCUUGUAAACAUGUAUUCUAAAUGUGGCAGUAUUCAGUAUUCCUACAAUGUGUUUAAACAAAAAAGUUAUCAUAAUGUUGUUUCAUGGAACAGCAUAAUAACUGGUUUUGCAAAUCAUGGUCUUGGGAAGAAAUCACUUGAACUUUUUAGGCAGAUGAUAGAUGGAGGAACACGACCUGAUAGUGUCACAUUUAUUGGACUUCUAACAGCAUGCAAUCAUGCAGGACUUGUGGAUGAAGGCAUAGCCUUUUUCAAUACUAUGAACGAAAUCUAUGGGUUUUCUCCCACUUCUGAGCAUCUUUCAUGCCUCAUCGAUUUACUAGGACGUGCUGGAAGGCUAAAAGAGGCUGAAGACUACCUUGAGAAGUAUUCUCAUACAUCUGAUCCAGUUGUUCUUGGGUGCUUACUUUCGGCGUGUAGACUUCAUGGAGAUGUCCAACUUGGGAACCGUUUGGGUAAACGUUUGCUAGAAGCUCAGCCCACUACAACUUCUCCAUACGUCUUAUUGUCCAAUCUAUGUGCUUCGGAUGCAAUGUGGGGUAGUGUUGCAGAGGUCAGGAAAAAGUUAAAGGUUAGUGGACUAAAGAAGGAGCCUGGCCACAGCCUAAUUGAAGUGGAAGGAAUUUGGGAGAAGUUUACAGUUGGCAAAUUUUCUCAUUCAAGAAUUUCAGAAAUAGUCAAUGUACUUAAUCUGUUGGGUCCAUCUGUGGAUGAGGAAUGCUUUGUGUGACUGGAUCAGAAAUCGCAAACCUUGUCACGCUAAAUAUUUGGUAGAUGACCCGUGUGCUUUUUUUUUGUUCUUAAAGAGGCAAUAACCAGAUUACUAAAUGUUGGCAUCAUGCAUUUGUGAACUUCAAAUUAUUCUUUCAGGCUGUGAUCGAUGCUGAUGUAUGAAAUGUCAGUAAGUCAAGUCACUGAGGCGAGAGGACUUGACUGAGAGUCAACUCAAACCUGUCUCAUCCAGCCCAACAUCUACUCUCAGUAUAUAAAAAAGUAGAGUGCAAAUUACUGGUCCAAAAAGAUCAUCAGGCACCUUGUGCCACCACUUACAUCUGUUUGGAUUCCGAAAUAUUUAACAAACUAUGUACAACAGUACAAAUAUACAAAUAUCUGAGGUUAGGUACAAAUUACAAUGUACAUAAGCUAAAAGCUAAGCUGUCUUCACUUGGUGCGAUUGGAAUGGAAUGAAAAAUUACAAAACAAUUCUAUGGAGAGAGAAGAAUGUAUGAGAGAACAGUGAAUGAACACGAGGGCAUGUAAAUUUUUUAUGAUAAAGAUCAUAGGGAAAAUGAAGAAGAAAUAGAUUGUAGAGAGUGUAAAUUUUCCAUGAUGAAUAUUGUUGUGAGUGUAAAUACCUUAAGGUUUUAGAUGAAGGCCCCAACAGGAUCACAUAUUGUUCAACACUGUGGAAUGGUUUUGUUUGAAUCAAGCAAUGCAGAAAUCGCAAGUGUUGAUCUGGGAAAGGAGACCUGUACAACUUGUGUUGGACCAUGGAGCUUCUUUUCGAACUGGGAGGAGAUUACUGUUGUUAUGUUACAUGACAAGCCGUCACUCUUUUGUGCUGUGAAUCAUAAGAAACAAAAAUGGUCUAAAGCUCGUGCUAUCCUUGCUAUAACGGAAAAGAUGUCCAAAUAUGCACAUUUUCAAGGUUACAAUUUAUUGUUUUGAUAGGAAGUAAUUCCUAUUACAUACUGAUGUCAUGAUGUGCUUCGUGUACAAAGUUGAGUCAAAUACAUGGGCUGCAACUUCUCUUUCUCCACUAUCAAUCAUCAAGUUACGAGAGAAUUUUGUUAAACUUAGAGGAGUCCAGUUGGAGAACUAGCGAAUGUAGAAUAGUAUACAUGAUAGCUUCUUCCUUGGUAAGUCUGGCUUAUGUAGCA